AUGUCAUCGAAUAUUUUUAAUUAUCAAUUAAUAUGCAUAUUUAUUAUCUUAAUGAUCUGUCCAUAUAUUCAUGGAAAAUGUUCAUUGGAUUGUGGAAAGAAUGGUCGAUGUGUUAAAACACAAAUAUCAACUAUGCCUGAAAUUUGUAUAUGUCAUAAUGAAACUUACACGAAUACAUCAUGUACUGAAGUAACCUUAGACAGUGAAGAAGAUGCUGAUAUUAAAAUUAUUAAUAUUCAUGCACGUCGGCUUGUUGCUGUGUGUGAACAUUCAUAUUGUGGUGAUGUUGGUGUUUGUAUUGUCAUUGAUUCAACUUUUGGAUGCAUUUGUCCUGAUGGUAAUAUUGCAGAUAGAUGUAGGUCAAAUUCAAUUAUACCUCUCGCGUCAUUCUGUUCAACUGGAUGUUUAAAUGAGGGCGUAUGUAAUCCAAUCAUUGGUACAUGUACAUGUCCAAGUGGCUUUACUGGUACACGAUGUGAAUUAGCACGAAGUACUGAUCUUUGUCGGGAUAUUACAUGUCGUAAUAGUGGCGUUUGUAAUAUAAUAAGUCCAAUCUAUGCUACAUGUUGGUGUUUAUUGGGUUUUCAUGGUGAUUAUUGUGAACGACGAUCAGUUGCACCAAGAUGUUUAUCGAGUAAAUGUUAUAAUGGUGGAACAUGCUACGAACAUUCGCCAGCAUCAUCCAUAUUUGCUUACUGCUUAUGCAGACCUGGUUUUGUAGGUCUUCGAUGUGAAACUGAAUAUUUUCGAUGUCCAAAUAAUGGCUUUUAUGCUGAUGCUUAUGGUUGUGCACAAGGCAAAUAUUUUGAAUGUGUUGAACAAACAAUUACCAUUUCGCGUUCAUGUCCACGAGGUCUUCGUUACAAUUUCUUUCUUGGUCGUUGUGAUUAUGCUGUUAAUGUAGCUUGUCCUAUUUUAUAA